AUGAGAAUACUUCUAAAACCGCCCGCUGAAGGAGAGGAAAUCGCUUGUCCGACUUUCUCGAAAGCGUUCAGAUACGAUGAAUCCACUUCCACGCAAUUGCCAUUUCAGACGAGUCAUCAAAUGCCUAAAAUCAAAGUGGGGCCUGACCUGCGUAACGCAAGGAAAUACAAACAUUGUGUGAACAAAUUAAAACCGCAGAUCCCACAUACAUCACCGCCGCUAGUAACCCCACAAUCGCACCUACAAACGACGCUUGAACUAUCCACGAACAAGCCGCAAUUUUUAUCGCCAAUAUUACCCUUUUCCAUACCGAACCCAAACUUACCCAAUAUGAACUCCGAUAUAGAAAUAAAGAACUUUUUGCUCAACGCCGCACUGCAGAACGCCUUGACUGGUUCGCUGAAUCAAAUCACUCAAAAAAGGCCGUUUACAAAACCCAUAGCAGAUAUGGCAAAGAAACCCUGUAUCGAUAACGAAUUAACGAAUAAUAAUUAUAACGAAGAAAUCCAGACUACUAAGAAAAGACUUCAUAAAUGUGAUGUCGCUGGUUGUGAUAAAGUUUACACGAAAAGUUCUCAUUUGAAAGCACAUAAACGGACACACACAGGUGAGAAACCCUAUUCGUGCGCCUGGGCGGGCUGCGAAUGGCGUUUCGCGCGUUCAGAUGAGUUAACUCGACACACGCGCAAACACACCGGUCACCGCCCAUUCACCUGCCCUCUUUGCCGACGUUCCUUUGCACGUUCGGAUCACCUGGGGCUACACAUGAGACGACAUUGA